AUGGAGGCGCCGAAGACACCAGCGUCGCCGUCAAUGUCCGCCGGCGGAUUGCGGCGACCCAAUCGGCCUCGAAUCACCAUCACAAUCCCGCCGCAGCACCAGCAGACGCCGCCCGUGCGCCACUCGCCGUACGGACCCUCCACGGCCGCCACGAUGCCGCCCUCGGCGAUGGUUGGCGACGCCAACAUGCGGCGGCCCUCGUUCUUCGACCCGUUCGGCACAGACCAGCCAAAGUACGGCGACUUCAUGUCCAAGCAGUUCGAGGGCAUCAAGGACUUCACGAAACUGGGCCUGGGACAUGGCGAGAAGGUCGCGCUGUGGGUGUACGAGAAGUUCAGCAGCUGGUCCAAGAAGUGGUUCACGCACCUCUUCCUCGCCUUCGUGCUGCUCCUUUACAGCUUAGCUGGCGCGUCGCUCUUCAAAGCCAUCGAGGGAUCUCAUGAAGAUAGACUUAUUAUGGACGUUAGGAAGGAAAGCUUCGCCAUUGCAAAAGCGAUAAGAGAACUUAGCUUUAAUCCCCGACUAACACGCGAUCAAGAGCAAUGGGAAGACGCUAUUGUAGAGAAAUUGGACGAUUUCCGUCAGAGUCUCUUCCAGUACUACAAGAACGGCUAUAACAAUUCGCCGGAGAAAGUGUGGUCCUUCUGGAAUGCGGUCUUCUAUUGCGGCACUAUUUACACCACAAUUGGUAAGAUGAGAUAUUGA